AUGGGUGUGCUUAUAGAUUUUCUGCUCCUCACAGCUAAAGUUGUGGGCUAUAUAAUCCAGUCCCUUAUGCGGUGGAUAAAGAGGCCCACCGAGAAAAGAGUCACCAAUGAAAUAUGUUUAAUAACAGGUACGGCCAGUGCAAGAGGACUGGGUCGGCAUUUUGCUUUAGAACUCGCCCAAAGAGGUGCGACGCUUGUCCUGUGGGAUAUAGACACAGAUGGUAAUGAAAAGACUGUGGUGCAGGUGAGGGAGCUGGGGGCCAAGGCUUAUGCUUACACCUGUGACGUGAGCCAGCGAGAGGACGUCUAUAACACUGCAGAGAGAGUGCGUCGGGAGGUGGGAGAUGUCACCGUCCUGAUAAAUAAUGCUGGGGUUGUAGCAGGGAAACCAAUCUUGCAGUGCUCAGAUGAAAUUCUGGAAAGGACCAUGAAGACUAACUGCCAUGCGCAUUUCUGGACUGUCAAGGCUUUCCUUCCAAGAAUGAUGGAGAUGGACCAUGGUCACAUUGUGACGAUAGCAGGAUCCUUGGGCCUCUUUGCAACAGCUUGUAUGGCGGAUUACUGUGCGAGCAAGUUUGCAGUAGUUGGAUUCCAUGAAGCUCUUAGCCAUCAGCUGAAAGCCAAGCGAAUCAAUGGAGUGAAGACUACCCUGGUGUGCCCCUAUCUUGUCGACACAGGCAUGUUCACUGGAUGUAGAAUCAGGCGAGAGCUGGAUGCUCUUCUCUCUCCAUUAAAACCAGAUGACUGUGUGAAGACAGCAAUGAAAGGAAUACUGAAUAAUCAGCCCACAAUAUGUAUCCCCAGAGUAAUGUACUUUGCAGUAGUUUUAAAACACCUCCUUCCAUGGGAUGUUCAAGUUCUUGUUCACAAGUUUUUGGGUAUUGAUAAGUGCAUGCAUCCAUUCAUUAGACAAAGGGAAGCGAAACGCCAUCUCGUAGCAACAGGAAGAGGAAGAUUGGUACUUGCACGGAUUUAUUAA